UCACUUAUGAGGGUCAAUCUAGAGGAACCAAACAGCUCCAAAAAUUAAGAAUUAUCAUUCUAAAGAAUGUCAUCCCAAAGAUUUAUCGAACCAAACACUCCCUUACCUUCCGAGCAUCAGCGCUCGUUCGGAGCACCGGCAGCAUAGAUGACUAGCGAUCAUGGCGGCAACGGUUUUGCAUCGGUGAUGUGGAGGAACUCGCGGCCACCAGCAGCAAUUCGCGGUGUAGGCUUCUUCUUCCCCAAAUUGAAACAGGAAGCGAUUUUGGUGGCAGAGAGGGCCAGGGUAUGAGGUUCAAACCUUAGCUAGGCAUUCUAUUCGUGUUUGAUGGAUGUGUAUGGCAAGAAUGUGGAUGCUCGUGCGGCUAUGGAGCUGUUCCUGGAGAUGGAAGAUGCAGGGUUUCUUGCUAAUGAGGUGAUUUACAGGACAUUGCUUGGGGUUCUUUGUAGAGUUGGGUGGGUGAAGCUAUGUAGGGUGAUUCUUAAAGAGAUGAGGAAGGUGGGAUACAGACCUGGUAAGUGUUUGGCUAUGGAUCUCAUAGGGAGAUUUGUUGAGGAAGGCAUUGUUUCUGAAGCCGUUUCUCUUUUCAAAGAAGGGAUUCUUAAGGACAGUCACAGUUUAGCUACUUUUGUGGAGGCUAUGAUAGAGAAACGCAGGCAUGUAGUAGCUCUUGAACUUGUGAAGAAAGUGCAGCUUUCUGGUUUUGAUGUUAAUGGCCAUGUUUAUGCAUCUCUGAUCCGUGGUUAUGGGAAAAUUGGAUUGGUUGAUGAAGCCGAGAAGAUAUUUGCAGAGAUUAAAUCGUCUGAAGGUAUUGAGAAUAGGGAAUUGGUUUAUUCAUCUAUGAUUUAUGUGUACUCAAGAGCAGAAAUGAAGGCAUUAGCAAAGAUGGUUUGGAAUGAAAUGGAAAGCUUGAUGGGUUCUAGAGUAAGUGAAGAAGCAUUGUUGUCGAUGAUGUCUUUGUAUGGGGCUUUGGGUCUGGUUGAUGAUACAGUAAGAGUGUUAAAUUGGUGGAAGAACAGUGGUUGUUGUUUGAACAUUGAUGCUUAUGUUGUUCUUGUAAAUGCAUUGGUUAAGUCUGACAAGCUUAAUCAAGCCGAAGAUUGUCUUUUAGAGAUGAGAACCAGAAGACAAACAGAGAAGAAGAAGAAGAAGAAGAAGAAGAAACAAGAAGGGAAAGAGAAAUAGAAAACAGAAGAAGAAUGACAAGACAAGGCGAGAAGUGAGAGAACGAAACAGAAAGAAAAAGAAAAAGAAAAAGAAAAAGAAAAAGAAAAGAAAAGAAAAGAAGAAGAAGAGACAAGAUCAGUUCUUCCAUCCUUAUGCAUUCAUUUAUGGUAUUUUAUUGAUUUUAUUGAUUGAAACUAUACUAUAUGAAUCGGCUUCAGGAACCCUUUUUCUCUUGAUCUUGAACUAGGAAAUAUUUGGGUUUUUCCUUUAAUUUCCUUAAUUAUUAUUCUUAUGGAUCUGAAUCGAUGAUCGACGGAAGUGAGAAAAACUGAAAAAAAAUUGCAG